AUGUCGAUCAUUCCCAGUGGUUCCGACCUUCUCAAGCAGCUGAUGACGGCUUACGAGCGCUCGGAGGAUGCGGGGUACAUGACAGCUGCUGUUAUGACCAUUCUUUUGUACGACAUGUGCACGACCAUCGUUGACGAAAUAGAACUCAUCUGGAAGCAACGAUGGACGCUGGCGAAAGUGCUUUACUUGUUCGCUAGAUAUUAUCCCCCCAUUUUCACUGCGGUGACCUUACGCGUUGUUUCGACAGCUGGCCAUUCAGUUGAUACCUACUUCCGGUUCAUCUCACUAGGUGGCUAUAUAACAUUUACCACUAUGGUAAACGUCAUUUUUGUCAUGCGCGUCCAUGCACUGUAUCACCGCAGUCGGAAAGUUCUGCUUUUCUUCGCGAUCCUAUGUCUCGCGGAAUUCGGGGUAGAAUUUUACAUCAGCUGGGUGGUCAGUCAAGAGACAGCUAGGACCACCUUUCCAGGACCCCUCCCUGGGUGGCGCGGAUGCCUGACGCUGCCUGUGUCGGUCAGGAUUCACUCGCUGGCUGCAUGGACCCUUUGUGCGGCAGUUGGAUUCGUAUUCUUCGCCUUCUCGAUGUGGAAGUUCAAGGACUCUCUCACGGACGACAGUGGCAGUGUCAGACUGGACUUCCUGAAAGACCAGAGAUAUUUUUCUCCUGUUCUGACGGUGUUCAUGCGAGAUGGCGCAAUGUUCUUCUUGAUGUAG